GGGGGUACCGCGGGGGUGGAGGUUUGCGGAGUGACUGCAACAUGCGAGAUACAAACGCACGUGGACUGGGCGGUCUCCAACAAACAUCUUUCACGUGGCCUUCUUUAACCAGAGAACAGCGGAGUCAGAGUAUCGUCAUUUGGAGUGCUGCAUCUGGUCUGACAUCAUGGCUUUAGAGGUGGAAUCUGCCGACGUGAUUCGUCUGAUAAUGCAAUAUUUGAAAGAGAACAAUCUUUAUCGGACGCUGACCACCCUGCAAGAGGAAACCACCGUUUCGCUCAACACCGUGGAGAGCAUUGACAGCUUCGUGGCGGACAUCAACAAUGGCCAUUGGGAUACGGUUCUAUUAGCUAUCCAGUCACUCAAGCUCCCCGACAAAACCCUUAUUGACCUCUAUGAGCAGGUGGUCCUGGAGCUCAUAGAGCUGAGAGAGCUGGGGGCAGCCCGUUCUCUCCUCCGACAGACAGACCCCAUGAUCAUGCUGAAACAAACCCAGCCUGAGAGGUACACCCACCUGGAGAACCUGCUUGCUCGCUCCUACUUUGACCCCCAUGAGGCAUAUCCUGAGGGCAGCAGCAAGGAGAAAAGGCGGGCGAUAAUUUCCCAGGACCUUGCAGGGGAAGUCAGCGUGGUGCCACCCUCUCGUCUCAUAGCCCUGCUGGGGCAGGUGAGUUCUCUGAAGUGGCAGCAGCACCAGGGCCAUCUUCCUGCAGUGAUGACCAUCGACCUGUUCAGGGGAAAGGAAGCAGUGAGAGACGUGGAGGAGGAGCGCUUCCCCAGCCAGCUAUGCAGGCAUAUCAAGUUUGGACACAAGUCCCACGUGGAGUGUGCUCGCUUCUCGCCAGACGGACAGUACCUUGUUACCGGGUCAGUGGACGGAUUUAUAGAGGUCUGGAACUUCACCACGGGCAAAAUCCGAAAGGAUCUGAAGUACCAGGCCCAGGAUAACUUCAUGAUGAUGGACGAGCCUGUGCUGUGUCUGGGCUUCAGCAGGGACACAGAGAUGCUGGCCACCGGAGCACAAGGCGGCAAGAUCAUGGUGUGGAGGAUCCAGAGCGGUCAGUGUCUGCGGAGGUUCGAGCGUGCACACAGCAAAGGAGUGACCUGCGUGAGCUUCUGCAGGGAGAGCAGCCAGCUGCUCAGCGCAUCCUUUGACCAGACCGUCCGGAUCCACGGGCUGAAGUCCGGCAAGACCCUGAAGGAGUUCAGAGGCCACACCUCUUUUGUGAACGAGGCGCGGUUCACCCAGGACGACCAUUUCAUCAUGAGCGCCUCGUCGGACGGCACGGUGAAGAUGUGGAAUGUGAAGACCACGGAAUGCGCUCACACGUUCAAAUCGCUGGGCACGUCGUCGAGCUCCAAAAUCGCUGUCACCAGCGUGAUCCUCAUGCCCAACAACCCUGAGCACUUUGUGGUGUGUAGACGCUCCAACACGGUGGUCAUCAUGAACAUGCAGGGUCAGAUUGUGCGAAGCUUCAGCUCGGGGAGGAGGGAAGGGGGAGACUUUGUGUGCUGUGCUCUGUCACCCCGAGGGGAGUGGAUCUACUGUGUUGGGGAGGAUUCUGUCCUCUACUGCUUCAGCACAGUGACUGGGAAGCUGGAGAGGACUCUGACUGUCCACGAGAAAGCUGUGAUUGGCAUCGCCCACCACCCGCACCAGAACCUUCUUUCUACUUACAGCGAGGAUGGCCUUCUCAAGUUUUGGAGGCCCUGAAUGUUAUACCAAGAGAGCCAACUCUUUUCAUGUCUGGUCUACUACACAGACACUCCCAGCCCCAUGGGAAAGCUGGUCGACGUGUCUCGUGUUCCAUUCUGGUUGUCUGAAUGUAGCUUUCAAAUAAUCUCUGAUUGGUUCAUGUCGGAUGUCUUUGGUUAGACAUGCAUGCUUGUUAUAUACAUGUAUUGAAGGGCUUUGCCAGCAUGCUAGUUACCUACAACGUAACAUGUAGACGGUCCUCUCUCACUGUCCUCUAUGGUGGACAUGUUAAUUUAUAAAACUAAUGUCACUCAUUGUACUAUGGUAGAUAUUGGUUGGAUAUUUUUGCUAUUACUACUGUAUAUUUAUUCAAGAAUAUUGUCCUGUUUUUUUUUUUGUGUUCUGCAUGAAAAAAGUCUCAGUACACCUGAAUAUCAAGCUAUGGUUGUGUCUGUUCUUUUCUUCAAAUUGUAGAUUGAGGCAGUGUCUUGUGCGAAUAAUGCCCAUUCCAUUUUGUUGCAUUGAGAUGUUGUAUCAGACAUUACAUUGCCUGUACUAUGUAGUAAAGCAUUUUAAAUGGUUGCUUGUAAGACAUUAAGAUUGAAACUCUGUUCUACAGUGAAGUUCUCUCUUUCAGCCUCUAAACUAAGUUACCCACAUCCAAUUACCCCCACGGUAUGUAUGAGAACAUGAUCAGCAACAAAAAAAACUUGCAAAAGUAACGUUCUUGUAGUUUAUUAUAAAUACGACCAUAUAGAAACAUGGGAAAGGAUUGGUCCUAAUACAAUAGAUAUAGAUUAGUUAAGACUUAACAUCAUUAGCAUGGGUAUUCUUUUUGUUGAGGAUGACUUAUUCCAGUCUUGAAAGGCCUAAAAAAACAUCAAUACUAGCACUUCUGAUUACAACAACAGUCCCAGGGUAAUGUUAGGCUUUUUCAGGGGCUUGAUUUCAGACGUGCAAAAGACAACCGAUACAACUAUCCUACAUGAAAUUAUUGCUCGUCAGUCGUAGUUUAGAUUUUAAGGCUUCACAACUUGCAGACGAGCCAAUGAGGUAAAAAGUGACAUUUUAACAUCUUCAGAUCUUC